AUGGAGUCCUCCGAAGGUCAGCUCGCGCUCAUCAAAGUGUGGGCCAACGGUACCGGCUUCGAAAUCGACACAACCAAAUCACCAAAGGCCAACUUCGCUGGCCUAGCAAAGGCGCAAGGAUGGGUUGGGGGUGACGCGAAUUGGCGGCUGCAUUGGGAGGCGUGCUUCAAGGAACUGUAUCUGUUCGGCCACCGCGAAGCUUCUGCAACACCUACGACGCCUGCGACAUCUGCCGCCACGUUAGAUCUGGCAGGUCGUUCUCGCAGACGUCUCUCCAGUAGCUCUGACAACUCUGCUGUAUCGGUUGACUCGAAUUUCUCCUUGAUCUCAGCUGCACCUAGCGUCCAGUCCCUUGACACAAAUGGCUCGAUCAUGGGAGGUGUUAUUCUUGGUCUUGAGUCUGUGACAGUUGAGAAUAUGAGGAAUGUGUCAUGCCCGGCUACUGAUACCGAACCUCAACAUUCCAAGGCUUCAGCCAAAUUGACUCACUCUGUAGAGGGUACGACGUCAGCAUCGCAGUCUGGUACUACAGAUGAUGCGCAACCCCUGCCCGAUGGUAGCCCUUUCUGGUAUCAGUACCCUGGCUUCGAACCGGACCCCCGCGCUUCUUUCAAAGACGAGCUUGGCCGCCUGUGCAAACAUGUAGGUGCGAAAACAAAGGGAGAGAAGAAAACCCUCCAAGCUAAGGCGCUCACGGCGGAGAUCGAGUAUCAUUACGGUGCUUCCAUGAGCAGGCUUGAUCGUUGGCAAGAACUGUGCGAAGAAGUUGGUAUUGAGAAGAUACCCACAUCGAUUACUCAAUGCCAGAAAGUCUUGAAACCUGUCUUCGUCAACCUCUUCAACCUCAUCGAUCAUAGGCGCAACCCGGACCUCAAGGUACUGCGAUUCCAGUCGUAUGGCGAGUUCAGCAAGUUCACAAAGAAGGGACAUGAGUUUCCACGAAGUUGCGCAAAGCAAGAAGGGUUCAUUAGGGCUCUGCUGAAGAAGAUAUAA